GUCGAGCAUUACUAGUCUCCUCUUAGCAACACAACUGAAUAAACAAACGGUGAAUCAACGAACAAAAACAAGCCAGAGAGUGCAGGAAGACAAGAGUGAAAAUGAUUUCCCAUUCAUAUAUGGAAGCUGACAGAGUCAAGCACUACUAGUCGCCUCUCAGAUAGAUUGGUCCUUCAACUCCCACAACAUUUUAGUAUCUGGUACAGGCCAUAGUCGUAAGAUUUGACAUUUCCAUCUUGGAUCCAUAAAUGCCAUCUCUGAUCAACUACAAUAAUAUCCUCGAUCUGCCUAAAUUUGCCCUUUCCUUCUAUGCUAGAAAUCUAAGAUCUGAGUGAAUUAAUAAUGGGCAACAUCUUUUCAAUGUCCAUAUCAUGUGAUGGCAUACUUUCUCGCUGCUGGGAUUCCACGGUUGGACAAGUAGCAUACCCUUGUAUGUUCAAGUCCCACCUUUGUGAUCUGCAGACUGCUUUAGAAGAAUUAACGGAUCUAAGGAACGAUUUGAAGACAAGGGUUGACAGUGCCGAGCAGCAGCAACAUUCGAAACGCUUAGACCAGGUACAGAGAUGGAUAACAAGGGUGGAAGCCAUGGAAGCUCAAGCCAAUAACUUGGUGAACGGGAAAGGUAUCAGUAGUCAAAAAGUUGAGAAAUUACGUGAUUCUGGAGGUGGGUUGUUAUGUAAUUGCAAAACCCACUACAAGUUUGGGAAAAAAUUGGCUGAGAUGUUGAUGGAAGUGAGUGCCUUACAGAGCAGGGGAGCUUUUGAAGUUGUGGCUGAACGGGUACCUGCAGCUAUGGUGUAUGAAAGAAGUAUUGAAACAACUGUGGGCAUGGAGUCAACAUUUGGCAAGGUCUGGGGUUGCAUUGCAGAUGAGCAAGUGGGGAUUAUUGGCUUGUAUGAGAUGGGAGGUGUAGGUAAGACCACCCUUUUGACCAAGAUCAACAACAACUUCCUUCAUACCCCCAAUGAUUUUGAUCUUGUGAUUUGGAUAGAGGUCUCUAAGGAUCUAAAGCUUGAAAAUAUUCAAGACAGCAUUAGGGAAAAGAUAGGGAGUUGUGAUGGCUCGUGGAAGGAUAAAGAUCACCUUAGAAAAGCUGAAGACAUCUUUGCGGUUUUAAAAUCGAAGAGAUUUGUAUUAUUGUUGGAUGAAAUAUGGGAGAGGGUUGAUGUAGCCAAAAACGGGGUUCCGAUUCCUGACAGAGAGACUAAGUCUAAGCUUGCAUUCACAGCUCGCUCUGAGGAGGUUUGUAGCGGUAUGGGUGCUCACAAAAAGAUCAUGGUGGAGUGUUUGGCAUGGGACAGAGCAUGGACUUUGUUUCGAGAAGGUGGUGAAGAAACACUUUAUAUUCAUCCAGAUAUCCCUACACUAGCAGAGAUGGUUGCCAAAGAAUGUGACGGUUUGCCACUGGCUCUAAUUACAGUUGGACGGGCCAUGGCUAGCAAGAAGACACCCCAAGAAUGGAAUCAUGCAAUUCAAGUUUUAGAACGAUCUGCCUCGGAAUUUUCAGGUAUGGGAGAUGAGGUAUUCCCUCUUUUGAAAUUCAGUUAUGAUAAUCUACCUAGCGAGAAAGCUAGAUCUUGUUUCUUGUAUUGUGCAUUAUUUCCGGAAGAUUUUCUCAUUCACAAAAGAAGAUUAAUAUAUUGUUGGGUUGGUGAGGGAAUACUGGAUGAGUAUGAUGACAUGACUGGAGCUCAAAACCAAGGUUAUGAUAUUAUAGGUACUCUUGUUAAUGCAUGUUUAUUGGAAGGUAGGGAAGAUUAUGUGAAAAUGCACGAUGUUCUUCGUGACAUGGCAUUGUGGUUGGCAUGUGAAUGCGGGAAGGCCAAAGAUAAUUUCGUAGUUCGUACUGGCGCUCAUUUGGUUAAAGCACCAGAUUUUGAAAAAUGGAAGGGUGUGAAAAGGAUGUCACUAAUGGCUAAUCAGAUUGAGAAUCUGGUGGAAAAAUCCAUAUGCCCCAGUUUAUCUACCUUGUUUCUAACUGAUAAUCGUUUGAAGAUAAUUGGUGAAGGCUUCUUUCAGCAUAUGCCCAGUUUAAGAGUUUUGGACCUGUAGGAAAACAAGGGUAUAACGCAUUUGCCAUCGGGUAUAUCAAGAUUGAAGUCACUACAAUAUCUCAAUCUAUCACAGACAGGUAUAAGAGGGUUGCCUAUUGAGUUAAAGGCCUUAGACUAGCUAAAAUAUUUGAACCUGGAGUUUACCAGUAAGAUGGAUAUGGUUCCGAAGAAUAUAAUUUCAAGUUUUCUGAUGCUCAGAGUUUUGAGAAUGUAUGAUUGUGGUUCAUCUGACGAUAUUCUGUUUGG